AGUGCCUAUGGGCGGCCCACCGUCUCUCCCACACCCCUGAAUGCCUAUUCCUCCGAACCUCUGACCAGUUCUAGCGAGUAAAAUUGGUAACAAUGCCUCCCAGAUGUGUGGAACUGUCCCUGGAGCUGUAGCCCUUCACCACCAUCUCUGUCUCCUUCCUUCUGAGGGAUCCUGAAAUCUCUGUCAUGGAAAAGUACCACGUGUUGGAGAUGAUUGGAGAAGGCUCUUUCGGGAGGGUGUACAAGGGUCGAAGAAAAUACAGUGCUCAGGUGGUGGCCCUGAAGUUCAUUCCAAAAUUGGGACGCUCAGAGAAAGAGCUUAGGAAUCUGCAACGAGAGAUUGAAAUCAUGCGGGGUCUGCGGCAUCCCAAUAUUGUGCAUAUGCUUGACAGCUUUGAGACUGACAAAGAGGUGGUGGUGGUGACAGACUAUGCUGAGGGAGAGCUUUUUCAGAUCCUAGAAGAUGACGGAAAACUUCCCGAAGAGCAGGUUCAGGCCAUCGCUGCCCAGUUGGUGUCAGCCCUGUACUAUCUGCAUUCCCACCGCAUCCUCCACCGAGACAUGAAGCCUCAGAACAUCCUCCUUGCCAAGGGUGGUGGCAUAAAGCUCUGUGACUUUGGAUUUGCCCGGGCUAUGAGCACCAACACGAUGGUGCUGACAUCCAUUAAAGGCACACCACUCUACAUGUCUCCAGAGCUGGUGGAGGAACGACCAUACGACCACACCGCGGACCUCUGGUCUGUGGGCUGCAUACUGUAUGAGCUGGCAGUGGGCACUCCUCCCUUCUAUACCACGAGCAUCUUUCAGCUGGUCAGCCUCAUUCUCAAGGACCCUGUGCGCUGGCCCCCCACCAUUAGUCCUUGCUUCAAGAACUUCCUUCAGGGACUGCUCACCAAGGACCCCCGGCAGCGUCUGUCCUGGCCAGACCUGUUACAUCACCCCUUUAUUGCUGGUCGUGUCACCAUAUUAACUGAGUCAGCAGGCCCAGAUUUGGGUACCCCAUUCACCAGUCGCUUACCCCCAGAACUUCAGGUCCUAAAGGACCAACAGGCGCAUCGUCUGGCCCCCAAGGGCAAUCGAUCUCGCAUCUUGCGGCAAGCCUAUAAGCACAUGGCUGAGGAGGCCAAGCAGAAGAAACACCAGAACACAGGACCUGCCCUCGAGCAAGAGGACAGGACCAGCAAGGUGGCUUCUGGCACAGCCUCUCUGCCCAGACUAAAGGCCACUCCUCAGGAACCAAGCCUCUUGACUGGGGUCUUAGGCUCAGAAAUGAAGAGCAGCUGGGCUGAGUGGAGGGCUGGAGAAGCUCCCCCUGCACCUUGCAGGGAAAACUGGAUCACCCAGGAUUGUGAGCAAGCAUUCCCAGAGCUGAGGCCAGAGGUGGUGGGCCAGCAGAGCCUUGAUGCAGUGGACCUAGAAAAUGAGGAGCCAGACAACGAUGAUGCUGAGUGGCGGCACCUGCUAGAGACCACUGAGCCUGUGCCUGUCCAACUGAAGGCCCCUCUCGCCCUGCUGUGCAAUCCCGACUUCUGCCAGCGCAUCCAGAGUCAGCUGCAUGAGGCUGGAGGGCAGAUCCUGAAAGGCGUGCUGGAGGGCGCUUCCCAUAUCCUUCCUGUGCUCCGGGUCCUGAGCAGUCUUCUGUCCAGCUGCGGUGGUGACUCUGUUUCCUUGUACUCCUUCUGCCGUGGGGCAGGCCUCCCCCGACUGCUGCUCAGCCUCCUCCGACACAGCCAGGAGAGCAGCAGUAUCCAGCAGCAACGUUGGUAUGGGACCUUCUUACGGGACCUGAUGGCUGUGAUUCAGGCCUACUUUGCCUGCACCUUCAAUCUGGAGAGGAGCCAGACAGGUGACAGCCUACAGGUAUUUCAGGAAGCUGCUGACCUCUUUCUGGAGCUCUUGGGGAAACUACUGGCCCAACCAGAUGACUCCGAGCAGACUUUGCGGAGGGACAGCCUUAUGUGCUUUACUGUUCUGUGUGAAGCCAUGGAUGGGAACAGCUGGACCAUCUCCAGAGCUUUCUACUCCAGCCUGAUGACCACACAGCGGGCUGUGUUGGAUGGGCUCCUUCAUGGCUUGACAGUUCCACAGCUCCCUUUCCACAGCCCCCCAGGAGCCCCCGAGGUGAGCCAGCCGCUUCGGGAGCAGAGUGAGGAUCUGCCUGGAGCCCUCUCCUCGGCACUGGCAGCCUUAUGCACUGCUCCUGUGGGGCUACCUGGCUUGUGGGAAGCCAAGGAGCAGAUCUCUCGGCAUUUGGCAAACCAGCUCACUGAAGACAGCAACCAACUGAGGUCAUGCCUCAUCUCUGGCCUGCAGCAUCCCAUCCUGUGCCUACACCUUCUCAAGGUUCUCUACUCCUGCUGCCGCGUCAGUGAGCCCCUGUGCCGUCUUCUAGGGCAAGAACCCCUGGCCUUGGAGUCACUGUGGAAGUUGGUCCAGGGCAAGGUAAAGGUAGUGGAUUGGGAAGAGUCUGCUGAAGUGACACUGUACCUCCUCUCCCUUCUUGUCCUUCACCUCCAAGAUCUGCCUUCUGGAAUGGAGAAGCUAGGCAGUGAGGUUGCUACUGUCUUUACCCAUUCACACGUCGUCUCUCUUGUGAGCGCGGCAGCCUGUCUGUUGGGACAGCUUGGUCAGCAAGGGGUGACUUUUGACCUCCAGCCUGUGGAGUGGAUUGCAGCUGCCACACAUGCCCUGUCCGCCCCUGCGGAGGUCCGGCUGACUCCACCGGGUGGCUGUGGAUUCUAUGAUGGCCUCCUCAUGCUUCUGCUGCAGCUGUUCACCCAGCAGGGGAAGGGUAAUCCAAUAAGCGUCGUGGCUAGCUCAGAAAUGUGGACCGUUCUGUGGCACCGCUUCUCCAUGGUGCUGAGGCUCCCUGAGGAGGCAUCUGUACAGGAAGAGGAGCUGUCACUGUCCAGUCCACAAAGCCCAGAGCCAGACUGGACGCUGAUCUCACCCCAAGGCAUGGCAGCCCUGCUGAGCCUGGCCAUGGCCACCUUUACCCAGGAACCCCAGUUAUGCCUGAGCUACCUGUCUCAGCGUGGAAGUAUCCUCAUGUCCACCCUGAAGCAUCUGCUUUCGCCCAGCUUCCUGCAUCACCUGACCCAGGCGCCUCAGGGGCCUGAGUUUCUCCCUGUUGUGGUGCUCUCUGUCUGCCAGCUCCUCUGCUUCCCCUUCGCCCUUGAUGUGGACGCUGACCUCCUUGAAGGUGUCUUGGCUGACCUCACAGACUCAGAAGUCACAGCCCACCUGCUGCAGGUCUGCCGCCACCAUCUUCCACUGACACAAGCCGAGCUGCCCAUCAGUCUGCUCACACGCCUGGCUCUCUCUGAGCCCCCCUCUCUCAACCAGUUUGUGAGCACAGUAGCCGCCUGCCCUACAACCACCAUCUCAUUCCUCUCAGCUGCCCUCCUGGGUGACCAGCCGCUGCUGACCUCUGACCUUCUCUCCCUCCUGGCCCACACCGCUCGGGUACUGUCUCCCAGCCAUUUGUCCUUUAUCCAAGAACUCCUGGCUGGCCCCGAUGAAUCCUAUCGGCCCCUGCGCAGCCUCCUGGGCCACCCAGAGAAUUCUGUGCGGGCCCGUACUUACGGGCUUCUGGGACACUUGCUCCAGCACAGCGGAGCCCUGCGUGGGGCUCUGCAGAGCCAGCUAGGGCUGCUCAACCUUUUGCUGCUGGGGCUUGGAGACAAAGACCCUGCUGUGCGGCGUGGUGCCAGCUUUGCUGUGGGCAAUGCAGCCUACCAAGCUGGUCCCCUGGGGCCUGCCCUGGCAGCUGCGGUGCCCAGUAUGACCCAGCUGCUUGGAGAUCCUCAGGCUGGUAUCCGGCGCAAUGCCGCAUCAGCUCUGGGCAACUUGGGGCCUGAGGGUUUGCGGGAUGAGCUGUUACGGUGCCAAGUACCCCAGCGGCUCCUAGAGGUGGCGUGUGGAGACCCCCAGCCAAAUGUGAAGGAGGCCGCCCUCGUUGCCCUCCGGAGCCUCCAACAGGAGCCCUGCAUCCAUCAGGUGCUGGUGUCCCUGGGUGCCAGUGAGAAAUUAGCCUUGCUCUCUCUGGGGAAUCAGUUACUGCCACGUAGCAGUCCCAGGCCGGCCUCUGCCAAACACUGCAGGAAACUCAUUCACCUCUUGAGGCCAACCCACAAUACAUGACCCCAGAUUCCUGGGGUCCAGCCUCCAACGUUCAUUGCCCUACUGUUGCCAACCCUUCCUUUUUCUGCUCUACAAGCCACCAACUCAACCAAGAGCUAGAGAGACUGAAAGAGAUAAGCUGCCAAUCAACUGAUUUGGGAACGAGAACCUAGAAGAGACUUAUGUAUAAAACUCCUUCUUUCCUCCAGAUUCAGGAUGAUUUCAGCCAGUAAACUUCAUUGUUGUUGGU